GUUCGAUUCGCCGUGGUUAUGGAAAGAGUGCUUAAGCGAGUGGGACUGUCAAAAAGAACAGAAUCCGAUGUUGCAUUGCAAAACACAAAUGCUCCUGAGGACAGUAAGAAAGUUAGACGUCGCCGAAGGAGCAAAUCACGUCGGCAACCAUCGCAGGAUAUCAACAAGAAAACACGAGGAUUAUUUAAUAUUGAUUGGGAAUCCGUGAAGGAUUGUAAGUCGUGUAAAUCCCGAGCUAUCACCAAAAAAUUUUGCAGCAAAAGAAGUGACAACGAACUGUACAGAUCCAACAGUUUCAAAUUCGAAAGGUUCAUCAGAGGUAGCGAGGAAUCCUCUUCAUUGAGCAAAAAGAUCUCUCUCUGUGACGAAUACAGCCUACCAGCAGACUACUUACACAAAAAACGACCUAAUAGUAUUGCCGUUCCGAGUUUAUCCGAAUGGAAUCCAUCUAGUCCAAACGAGGAGAAGAUUGAAAUUUUGGAGACAUACUCGAAUCCUCGUGACUCCAGACAACAGCUUAGUCAAGAAGAAGACACAAAGUGUCUUACAAGCCCAGAUAGAGAGUAUUCUCAGCCUUAUACAACAGAUGGCUCAUCUGAACCUACUUCUGAUGAAGAAUUUUUUGGACACCAGAUCACUAUCACAAAACACAUAGAAUUGAAUUCCCCCGAUAGCAUUACUGAUAGUGUUUUUCCUCAACUCGGAAUCAAAUCUCCGAUCAAAGUAGAAGCUGAGGUUAAACGUCACCCAUCGCCCUAUUACUACGGGGAUCUCUUUAAAAACAGAUCCGAAUCGCCUUCAAAGCCUGAACUCAAAACAACAAAAAGCUUAGACCAACCUUCAAGGAAACAGGAAAUCACAAAAGUGGCCAAAGAUGUGCUGACAACUAAAUCGCACAACAAUCAAAGAAAUAAGACGUCACAGAAGAAAUACAGAAAGUGUACAAGUUUACAGAAUCCAAAUUCCAGGCACGUUCGUGCCAGAUCGCAAAACCAGCAAAAAUAUCAAAAAAGUUCCAGCGUUGAUACUCAGAGCACUGAUUCCAAGGAUGUGCCACACGAAUUGGUUAUGCCACCUAAUCGAUAUGUAUCACCAUGUGACUGUAUGACCACCGAAUAUGGUCUAGAUGACGAGAUGACUCGCCAAAGACAUGUUUACGAAACAGCAUUCGACUGUCGUAUCAACAAAUCCGACGAUGAUUUAGACCAGAUAGACCAAGUUUCUAAUCAUCCGAUUCUCAUUCAGCUCAGCUCAGUGAAAGACCUGAGAACUACUAAUUCCGUCGAUAAGAACUCAACUCAUAGCAGAAGAAAUGUGUCCUUGCAUUGCCCAAAACCGAGCCAAGUUGACAAUAAUAUCAACAAUCUAUCCCAAGACUUACAAAAUAUUCAUAUACCCGAGGAAGGAAUAUCUGGAACAUCUGGAGUCCUUUCCUUGCCUCUCAGAGGGUUCACACCCUCACCUCCGUCCACUGCCCCUUUGCCAACAAAAUUUCAUGGCAAAGAGCUGGUGAUGAAUAGCAUCCGAAGUGCUCCAAACCUUCCCUCCCAUCCAAGGGCACGGCUUAAGGACUUACACCUGCCUGUGAAAUCCCUCAGGGGUAGAACGAAUACUAGCAGUAGCGGUAGUUUGCAAAUACCUGGUAGCAAUUUCGAUAUAGAAAUAGGUCAAACAAAUAUUAUUUCUGAAUUCAAAGGUAGGCCUAGUCAUUCCAGAGAGAAUAAACAAGAAAGAAUAAUGGAGAUCAAAGAUCGGCCAAGAAAAGACAGCAUAAUGUUAAAGAGAGGAAAAGAAAACGGAAAAACGGUCCUAGACUUUAUGGCUAGAAGGCCCAAAUAUUCUAGUACAGAAAGUAUGACUACAAGCAGCAGUGGUGGAAGUAUGGAAAGCAUCAAAAGCAGCACAAGCGAAGGAAACAGAAGCACCACGAGCGAUGAAAGCAGACACUCCUCAUCCCUGAGUUCACAUAGCUCGGAUUCAGCUGGAAACCCUAAAUACCCAAUUAUUCAAACUUCCGCCUUUUUAUCACAAGCGAAUAAGCUUCACAUCCUCAGUCCAAUUUCUGACAAAUCCUCACAAGAACCAAUCUCAGAGACUUCAGAUAAUAACAGAAACAACAACUCCCAGAAAUGCUCACCGGAAGAAGUUGCCAUCCCGGAAAUAGUGAAAAAUAAAAGACGACUUCCCCAAAAUAAGAACUUAUUGAAUCUUGGCUUCAGGAUAGGAGAUCCUGAAAUUCAAGGAUCUGACAGCGGUAUAUCCAUACAAUCAAGAGAGGGUAUCAAAUCGAGAUUCGGCUUCACCGCAGCUGAAAUCAACGUUCCAAGUCAGCCUGAUUUGUCCGAUUUACCUUUCGAUAUGCCGAAGCUACGAAGAAGGAGAUUGGUCCCGACACAAGACGCUUGUACGUCAGGUAGCGCAACAUCUGUGGAUGUACGCGACCUUCCUUUCGAUAUGCCAAAGCUGAGACGAAGAAUGAGGAUACAACAGUCCACCAACGAAUCGGUAUCGCAGGCAUCUUCUAGUCAAAGUGUGGUGGAGGCAGACAGAGAAGCAACAUCGUAUCGACCGAAACUGACGUUGAAUUUAGGAGAAUUCGGCAAUCGCCAAAGACCAUGUUUAGGAUUGGCUCUGAUGGGUUUGAAUCUGAAUCUGAACAAUCCUCCAGCAGAAAACACAGAUCUCAUAGAUAUCAAUUUGCCUUUAGAGAAGCAGGGGUGGUUUCAUGGAGCUAUUACUAGAGUUGAAGCAGAAAAUGUACUGAGGUUGUUGGAAGAGGGAAGUUUCCUAGUAAGGAAUAGCGAAUCUACGAAGCAAGAUUUCUCUUUAUCACUCAAGAGCGCCAAAGGUUUCAUGCAUAUGAGGAUUCAAAAGAGUGAUUCUGAUGGUUGCUAUAUUCUCGGUCAAUUCAGUAAGCCAUUUUCCUCUAUACCGGAGAUGAUUCGGCAUUUUUCGAUCAAUAGACUGCCAAUUAGAGGAGCUGAGCAUAUGUGUCUAUUGCAACCUGUGAUUGUGCAGCUAUUAUGAUAAAUUUCAAAAUGUUUCAAAACUACUUCUAUGUGAAAAUUUUUCGCGAUUUCUCUGCUCAUCGGCAAUGUUUCUCAAUUAAAUUGAUAAUUUGAUAUUAUUAGAUUCGAAAAUAUUUAAAUAUUAUGAAUAUCGAUAGGUUUUUUUCGGACAUGAAAUUUGGUAGAUGGUUAUUAUAUGGUGUGGAAGGUAUCUCUAUUUCUUCCAACCAUAACAUCAUUUUGUUAACCAUCAAACCAUGGUUUGUCCUCAUGAAGAAACAUUGUACUUAUGUUGCUUCUGGAAACGGAAAUUCUCUUUAUUUGUUCUAAUUGCUUACAUAUCAUAGUUGACUUUUUGUUCGUUAUAAUUGUGCAAUAUUUUCAAUACAAAUAGAAAUAAAUAUUUGAUAACUUAUUGUUCUAGUUGAAUUUUUGUUUUAUGUUUUAAAGUAUGAUACGUGGCAUUUUGAAAAGCUACAAACUGAAUUGCCAAAGGAAAAUGACUGUGAAUAAUGAUUUAUACAUACCUAUAUUAUUAUAUUAUAUACAUCUCAAUGUUUUGUUGUAGUAAAUAGAAGAUGUAGAAUUUAGGUAAGUGUUUUAUUAGAUUUAGUAUUUUAUGAAAAAAAAAUAAAUCAACUAUUAAUACCAGUUUGUCAUAUUUCACUCAUAUUAAGACUCAUAAUAAUGACUUAUAUACUUGAAUUAUUUUUAAUAACAUAUUUGAUUUAUAACUUCGGAAAUAUUAUCUGUAGAUCCACUUCAUAUUCAAAUGAAUUGUAUAGUCUAGAAAUUUGUGAUGAACGUGUUAAUAUGGGACUGAAUAAACAACUAUGACAAGA